AUCCCAAGAGUAAAAUUCAAGAAUAAAAAAGUCCCACCUCCACAAAAGAGCCUCCAACCAUUGCCAACUCCAAACUCUUGAAAAAAAAAUAAAAAAAUUGUAGUAACCAUCAAAGCUGCUUUGCUUGCUACUCCCUUCGUUUCAUCUCCCUCCACCUCCUUGCUGUUAGAAUGUCAUUUACUACCAAAUUUGAUCCCAAAUGAUUGCUUUCAGGACCUUUUCAGCCUGGGGUUGAUUGGCUUUUAAGUGAAGGCAGAGAAAGGAGAGAGCUUUUAUAUCUUUUUUCCAGCUCCACUGCUCAUGCUAUUGAUUACAGAAUCACCCAUCAUGAUUAGAGGUUGGAAGGGAGCAAUAAUGGAGCCUAACUAAUCGAGGCAAGCGACUUCUUCUAAUACCAGCCUGGUUCCAAUUACCUGCUAGCAAUCCAUGGCUUUUUGCUUCGAUGUGGCGGUGAAGGGGCUUCUGCUGCUGCUGUGCCUCAAAGGAUUUCAGGUCAGCCAUGGCACCACAGACCCCCAGGAUGCUGCCGCUCUCUUAUCUCUAAGGAGUCAAUGGACGAAUACACCUCCAAGCUGGAGCAAAUCUGAUGAUCCUUGCGACACGAACUGGGAUGGAGUGUUUUGCAACGAUUCUAGAGUCACUUUUGUGAGACUAUCUACUAUGGGCAUAAGAGGUACUCUAAGUGGUGACAUAGGUCAACUCACAGAACUCCGAUCGCUAGAUUUGUCCUUCAACAAUGAACUAGGUGGUCCUCUCAGUCCAAAUAUUGGGAACCUGAAGCAGCUCUCAACAUUGAUCCUAGCUGGUUGCGACUUCAGCGGCGAAAUCCCAAGUGAAUUAGGCAAUCUGCAACAGCUAUCUUUCUUAGCUCUGAAUUCAAAUAAGUUUAGCGGUAAGAUACCCGCUUCACUUGGUAGCCUCUCCAAUCUGUACUGGCUGGACCUUGCCGAUAAUCAGCUAAGUGGACCUCUACCAAUCUCCACACAUAAGGCUCCUGGACUAGACCAGCUUCUCCACACAAAGCACUUCCACUUUAACAAGAACAAGUUAUCAGGAAAUAUACCAGACAAGCUCUUCAGCCCCAGCAUGUCACUGAUACACUUACUUUUCGAUGGCAACCAAUUUACAGGAGAGAUUCCAGUUUCUCUAGGACUAGUACAAACGCUUGCGGUUAUGCGACUUGACAAGAACUAUCUAAGUGGAUCAGUGCCUGAAAACAUUAACAACCUCACACAGCUCACUGAAUUUAACUUGGCAAACAACAAAUUAGGUGGUCCUUUACCAGAUUUGAGUGGAAUGACAGCCCUUAAUUAUGUAGACUUGAGCAACAACUCCUUUGAUCCUUCAGAAACUCCAGCCUGGUUCUCAGAAUUAUCAUCCCUCACAGUUCUAGUCAUUGAAUCUGGAGGAAUUCAUGGAAAGGUUCCAGAAAAGCUGUUCAGUUUUCCUCAACUAGAACAAGUGAUACUUGACAUCAAUCAAUUUAAUGGCACUCUCACCAUGGGUGACACGAUAAGUGAACAAUUGCAGAUUGUGAAUUUCAGAGACAAUCUUCUCAGCUCUUUCACAGUGACCUCUAAAUAUAACAAAAGCCUAAUACUCAUUGAUAACCCUGUGUGUGAUACUCAGUUAUCAAACACAGUAUAUUGCCGCCCACAGCAACAGCAACAGAAACUAUCAGUACCUUAUUCAACAAGCAUUACCCAUUGUGGGAAAAUAUCAUGUCAAAUGGGGCAGAGUUUGAGUCCUCAGAGCUGUAAUUGUGCCUACCCUUACCAGGGUUUGAUGGUUUUCCGAGCACCUCUAUUUCGAGAUGUUACAAAUGCUACAUUGUUCCAAUCACUUGAGAGUAGUUUUUGGAUGAAACUUGGCCUAACACCUGGUUCAGUAUUCCUUCAGAACCCCAUGUUCAAUAGUGAUAGUUAUAUGGAGUUGCAGGUUAAGCUUUUCCCAUCAGAUGGAAUGUACUUUAGUAGAUCAGAGGUUCUAAGAAUUGGGUUUGAUCUGAGCAACCAAACAUAUAAGCCUCCAUCCUUGUUUGGCCCCUACUACUUCAUUGCGACCCCAUAUCCUUUCCCAGAUCAGGGUGGCAAGUCUUCAAUGAGUACAGGCGUGAUCAUUGCCAUAGCAGCUGGUUGUGCUCUUCUGUUCGUGGGACUUGUAGGAGCAGGCAUCUAUGCACUUUUACAGAAGAAAAGAGCAAGGAAGGCCAUGGAAAUAAGUCGUCCAUUCUCUUCCUGGGCAAACAGUAAUAAAGACAGUGAAGGUGCACCUCAACUAAAAGGAGCGAGGUGGUUUUCCUAUGACGAGCUCAAAAAAAGCACUAAUGAGUUUUCACAAGUCAAUGAAGUUGGGUCUGGGGGCUAUGGAAAGGUGUACAGAGGAAUGCUUUCGACUGGACAGUUAGUUGCCAUAAAAAGAGCACAACAUGGAUCCAUGCAAGGAGGUCUUGAGUUCAAAACUGAGAUAGAACUGUUAUCAAGGGUCCAUCACAAAAACCUUGUAGGACUAGUAGGUUUCUGCUUUGAUCAAGGAGAGCAGAUGCUUGUAUAUGAGUUCAUUUCUAACGGUACACUAAGGGACAGCUUGACUGGAAAGAGUGGAAUACAACUGGACUGGAAGAGAAGGCUUCGGAUUGCUCUAGGUUCAGCUAGAGGUCUUUCUUACCUCCAUGAACUUGCUAAUCCACCAAUAAUCCAUAGAGACGUCAAGUCAUCCAAUAUCCUUUUGGAUGAUAAUUUGACUGCAAAGGUUGCAGAUUUUGGCCUGUCAAGGUUGGUAUCAGACGGAGAGAAAGGACAUGUUUCUACUCAAGUAAAGGGAACAUUGGGUUAUCUAGAUCCUGAGUAUUACAUGUCCCAACAGCUUACUGAGAAGAGCGACGUUUAUAGCUUUGGGGUGGUGAUGCUGGAGCUGAUAACUGCAAGACAGCCAAUUGAGAAAGGCACAUAUAUAGUUCGUGAAGUGAAGAUGUCCAUGAAAAAAAAUGAUGAAGAAUUCUAUGGCCUGAAGAAGAUACUUGAUCCUCUGAUCCUCAGUACAGUGAAUCUAACAGGUUUUGGAAGGUUCAUAGAGUUAGCUAUGAGAUGUGUUGAAGAAUCAGCUGCAGAUCGUCCUACAAUGGGUGAAGUGGUAAAGGAAAUUGAGGCAAUUUUACAAAAUGAUGGACUCAAUACAAAUUCAACUUCAGCAUCUUCAUCUGCAACAGACUUUGGAAACCCAAAGGGCACUUUUCGUCAUCUAUAUAACGACUCAUUCCCUAGAAAGGAGUUGAAGGGCAGUGCUUUUGAUUACAGUGGUGGGCUUGCAUUGUCAGCCAAGCCUGAACCGAAGUAAUAGUAGAACUCUUAAUCAGUUGUUUCCUUAGUUCUAAGUACAUAUUUAUUUGUUAUUUGCUGACAAUGUCCUUAAAGAUCAAUGCAGCAACUAGAAGUAAAUAAUUUUGCACCAGUAUAUACAACAUCAAA